UCAUUGUUAUUGUACUACUAAACCCUACAGCAAAGUCCUUGUGAACAAAAGGAAACAUCUUCACACUUUAUAAUAUUUUCCCCUUUGUGGUAAUAAUUUUUCAUUUCUUGUUCUUCACACUUUCCAGAAGCAGGGACAAGUCCAGAAGCAAUAUAUAGGCACAAAAAGGGAUCACCGAGUUAAAAAAGAAGAAGCAAAAAUGUGUUUGGAGCUUGUGUAUCACGAGGAGAAGACUGAGCUUGGUCGACAACAAGCACCGGGCGUGUGUCCAUACUGCGGCGGAAAAGUGUCGGCGGUAGAUAUUGAAACGAAGUGGUUGUUCUGUUUCUUACCACUAUGUUUCAAGGUCAAACGCAAGUACUCUUGUUCCUCAUGUGAUCGCCGUCUCGUCUUGUAUUAUUGAAAGAAACAGAGCAGCAGAUGAAGAAAGAAGCAGAGAAGAGUGGAACUGUUGUCUAAUUCACUCCUCUCAAUGUUGAUGUUUUUGCAUAUUUUCCCCUGUACUUUCUGAGUUGCUAUUAACAGCCCUCAUGGUGGUGACAUUGGUUGAAUUCAUUGAGUUUUUGUUCAAUGUAAAUAAUCUCGUUGGUCCUAUUUCUUUUGUUAAGCCAGUGGAAUUCAGUUUUGUUUAAAUAAAUUUCUGUCAUUCUUGAAUGAUAUUACUAUUCU